GUAAUUCUGCGGUAGGUGCGCGGCCAUCAACGGCGCGCCGUUCCGCUCAUCAUCGCGCAGUCCCAACAAAUCGCAUCAGCGUCCUUACUCGUGGAAAAGAAGUGAUGUCAACGACCAACCCGAAGACGACUGUGUACGUGGGCGGGUUGGAGGAGAACGUGAAUGAAGCCAUCCUGCAUUCUGCUUUCAUCCCGUUYGGGGACGUCAAGGACGUAAACAUCCCGCUUGAUCAGUCGACACAGAAACAUCGAGGUUUCGGUUUUGUCGAGUUCCAGGACAAAGAAGAUGCGGCAGCCGCAAUCAAUAACAUGCACAAUGCAGAGCUGUAUGGGCGGGUUCUGACUGUCAAUUACGCGCAACCAAUGAAGAUCAAGGGUGGCGAACAGGGCUGGGCUAGUCAGCCAGGUAAGGUGACUCAGCAGGAGAUACCAACUGCCAACUGGUGUCGAUUCGAGAGUGCGAGGGAGACCCUACGCCACAUUUAUCUUACGUUCUUCUUGCCUUGCUUCUUUUAGAGCCAGCUUAAUUGUGGACGUGGACAAACUGCUCCCUUGUCGUGAUCAUGAACCACCCACCGCAAUUAUUUCAAGCAACCCCCACAUC